UUUCAAUCUCACAUUCACAGUGAGAGUUCUCUGUUUCUUCAGUUGCCCUCAAACCGCAUCUGCUACUGUGUUCCCAAUCUGAAAUCAAAGAGAUGGUGGAGCAGAAUCUUGUACCAAAGGAAAGGAAUAAAGAUUGGAUUAGAGCUCUUAUGAAUAGCAGCUUUGGUUACUGUGAUGAUCACCAUGACCUUCGAUCUAAUGAGAAGAAUGUGUUCUGCGUAGACUGUGGGGUUAGAUUGUGUAGGCACUGUAAGGAAGCUCAUUCCCUCCAUAGAAGGUUUCAGAUUUACAAAUAUUCCUCUCAGGAUGUCUUCCGCCACUCCGAGCUGCAGAAGUAUUUUGACUGCACCAAAAUUCAGACUUACGUAUCCAAUAAUGAAAGGAUUGUGCAUCUCAAACCCCGGCCUUCAACCAUUAAAUCUAAAUCUGCUGAUCUAAGCCCUGAGUCUAAAUCCAAAGAAACCAACAUAUCAACAAGACCAAAGUCGGGUGGUACGUGUGAACAAUGUGGAAAACACAUUCAAGAUGAUCGUAAUCGCUUCUGCUCCAUUACAUGCAAGAUCUCAGUGCUUCCAGUGGAGCCCCAAAACCAAACUCAAAUUCACCAUUCACAAAGGAGUUCAGCAGAGCCUGUCAACCAAAGUGCUAGAUGCAUCAUCACUCCAAAACCUGAACCUAUUGACUUCAAUAUGAAUGACAACCAUAAUUCAGAAGCGGAGUCAUCUAUCUCUGAAGCUGAGCCAUAUGGGUGUGUUGAAGUUGUGAAUUUCAGAAAGCGCCCAAGGAAAACUACCCCUCAGAGGCCUAUCUUUGUUUACAUAUCUUAAAAUGUUAUCACUCUAUCGUUUUCCUCCUAAUUUUGUUUCCAACUUUUCAUUUUUUGAGAAUAAGAUUUCUUAAACAUUUGAGGGAAGCUC